GUGAGAAGCAAUCGAAAAGAGCAAAAAUACCCGUUGAAAUCAUGGCGGAGAAAGACACUGCAUCAUCGAAAGCAUCCCUUCCUGGUUCACCACAGGAACCCUCUUCUGUGGCACCCAGUACUAAUGUGAUGUCCGGACGAUAUGAUGACAUCAAAAUAAACCUCGCAAAGGGUACAAUUUCUAAUGUACCUGUUAAUGUAUCUGUUGAUGUCAUCGUUAACAACACCAAUAAAAACCUCCAGCUUAAUGAUGGUUCUCUUUCCAAAUCUAUUCUCAAUGCUGCUGGUCCACAGAUACAAGAUGAAUGUAACCAGAAAUAUCCUCAAGGUAUUUCUACAUCUGAAAUUGCCAUCACUAAAGGAUAUAACCUCAACUGUGAGAAUGUAUUUCAUCUGGCAUUACCUCCCUGGGAUGAAAAUUCCUCUGAUUCAAUUCUGGCAAACUUGACUCAAAUAAUAACCACUUGUCUGGAAACUGCUGAGAGAAUGGGAGCAAAAAUCCUUGCAUUUCCUAUAUUAGGGGCUGAAAUGAAUUAUCCCAUUGGAAAAAUACCUGUAACUAUGUUUGAAGCAGUCAAAAACUACUCAAAUCUAAAUUCAAGCCAGAUCAAAGUUGUUUACAUUGUUCUUCCAAACCACCCAGAGAUAGAGAAGGCAUUCGAUCAAUGUAUCCAAAGGAGACAGAAAAAUGAAGGAUUUCAUUCUAAAAACACCACAUCAUCAAGCCCACCCCUUCUGUCUUCACAACAGGAACCCUCUUCUGUGGAACCCAGAAGUAAUGUGAUAUCUCAAGAAUAUGAUGACAUCAAAAUAAACCAAAUAAUUGAUUCAAUUUCUAAUGCAUCUGUUGAUGUCAUCGUUAACAGCACCAAUAAAGAACUCCAGCUUCAAAAGGGUUCUUUCUCCAAAUAUAUUCUCUUUGCUGCUGGUUCAGAGAUACAAGAUGAAUGUAACCAGAAAUAUCCUCAAGGUAUUUCUACAUCUGAAAUAGCCAUCACUAAAGGAUAUAACCUCAAAUGUAAGAAUGUAUUUCAUCUGGCAUUACCUCCCUGGGAUGAAAAUUCCUCUGAUUCAAUUCUGGCAAACUUGACUCGAAUAAUAACCACUUGUCUGGAAGCUGCUGAGAGAAUGGGAACAAAAAGCCUUGCAUUUCCUAUACUAGGAGCUGGAACAUUGAAUUAUCCCAUUGAAAACCUACCCAGAACUAUGUAUGAAGCCGUGAAAAACUACUCAGAUCAAAAUUCAAGCUGCAUCAAAGAUGUUUACUUUGUUUUUCCAAAACACACAGAGAUAGUAAAGAAAUUUGAUGAAUAUCUCCAAAAUAAAGACGAAAAUGAAGGAGUAAUAAAUAAACAGGAAAAUGAAGGAUUUCAUUCAAAAGACACUGCAUCAUCGAAAGCAUCCCUUCCUGGUUCACAACAGGAACCCUCUUCUGUGGCACCCAGAACUAAUGUGGCAUCUGGAGAAAAUGCUGGCAUCAACAUACAACUAUUGAUUGAUUCAAUUUCUAAUGUAUCUGUUGAUGUCAUCGUUAACAGCACCAAUAAAAACCUUGAGCUUGACAGUGGUGCUGUCUCCAAAUCUAUUCUCUUUGCUGCUGGUUCAGAGAUACAAGAUGAAUGUAACCAGAAAUAUCCUCGAGGUAUUUCUACAUCUGAAAUUGCCAUCACUAAAGGAUAUAACCUCAAAUGUGAGAAUGUAUUUCAUCUGGCAUUACCUCCCUGGGAUGAAUAUUCCUCUGAUUUAAUUCUGGCAAACUUGACUCAAAUAAUAACCAUUUGUCUGCACACUGCGGAGAAAAUGGGAGCAAAAUGCUUGGCAUUUCCUAUAAUAGGAGCUGGAAAAUUGAAGUACCCCAUAGAAAACCUACCUGGAAUUAUGUAUGAAGCAGUCAAAAACUACUCAGAUCUAAAUUCAAGCCAGAUCAAAGUUGUAAACUUUGUGGUUUAUCCUCAAGACACAGAAAUAGUAAAGAAAUUUCGUGAAUAUCUCUUAAAAACUGAAAAAUUUCAUUCAAAAGACACUGCAUCACCAAACCCAUCCCUUCCUGGUCCACAACAGAAAGCAGCCCCUAUGACACCCAGAACUAAUGUGGCAUCCGGAGAAAAUGCUGGCAUUGAAAUAAACCUAAUGACUGAUUCAAUUUCUAAUGCAUCUGUUGAUGUCAUCGUUAACAGCACCAAUGAAGAACUCCAGCUUGACAGUGGUGCUAUCUCCAAAUAUAUUCUCUUUGCUGCUGGUCCACAGAUACAAGAUGAAUGUAGCCAGAAAUAUCCUCAAGGUAUUUCUACAUCUAAAAUAUCCAUCACUAAAGGAUAUAACCUCAAAUGUAAGAAUGUAUUUCAUCUGGCAUUACCUCCCUGGGAUGAAAAUUCCUCUGAUUCAAUUCUGGCAAACUUGACUCAAAUAAUAACCAUUUGUCUGGAAGAAGCUGAGAGAAUGGGUGCAAAAAGCCUGGCAUUUCCUAUAUUAGGGGCUGAAAUGAAAUACCCCAUUGAAAAAUUACCUGGAAUUAUGUAUGAAGCAGUGAAAAACUAUGCAGAUCUAAAUUCAAGCCAGAUCAAAGAUCUUUACUUUGUGAUUUGUCCUCAAGACACAGAAAUAGCAAAGGAAUUUGAGGAAUGUCUCCAAAAUAAAGACGAAAAUGAAGGAAUGAUGGAUAAACAGGAAAAUGAAGGAUUUCAUUCAAAAGACACCGCAUCGUCAAACGCAUCCCUUCCUGGCUCACAACAGGAACCAUCCUCUAUGACACCCAGAACUAAUGAGACAUCCAGAGAAUAUGAUGACAUUGAAAUAAACCUAACAAUUGGUUCAAUUUCUAAUGUAUCUGUUGAUGUCAUCGUUAACAGCACCAAUGAAGAACUCCAGCUUGACAGUGGUGCUAUCUCCAAAUAUAUUCUCUUUGCUGCUGGUCCACAGAUACAAGAUGAAUGUAGCCAGAAAUAUCCUCAAGGUAUUUCUACAUCUAAAAUAGCCAUCACUAAAGGAUAUAACCUCAAAUGUAAGAAUGUAUUUCAUCUGGCAUUACCUCCCUGGGAUGAAAAUUCCCCCGAUUCAAUUUUGGCAAACUUGACUCAAAUAAUAACCAUUUGUCUGGAAGAAGCUGAGAGAAUGGGUGCAAAAAGCCUGGCAUUUCCUAUAUUAGGGGCUGAAAUGAAAUACCCCAUUGAAAAAUUACCUGGAAUUAUGUAUGAAGCAGUGAAAAACUAUGCAGAUCUAAAUUCAAGCCAGAUCAAAGAUGUUUACUUUGUGAUUUGUCCUCAAGACACAGAAAUAGCAAAGAAAUUUGAGGAAUGUCUCCAAAAUAAAGACGAAAAUGAAGGAAUGAUGGAUAAACAGGAAAAGGAAAGAUUUCAUUCAAAAGAUGAUGAAGAUGAAGAAAUAGAAGAUAAUGUCUCUGCUGGUCAAAAAGACGUUGGUGUCACAUUGAAAUUCUUUGCUGAAUACCAAAAUCUUGACAAUGCUAUAGAAACUGUUAAAAAGGAGUACGAUUCUCUAUUAACAACUGAGAAAAUACCAUUUGAUGUGGACUUGACAGAAUCUCGAAAGCCGAAUUUAAAGAGUAUUGGUACAGAUCAUGAAGUCCAGAUUUCUAUCAGGGACAAAAUUGAAAUUCAUGGCAGACAUUCUCAUGUAAAAAAUGCUAAACUUGAUGUCCAAUCAUUAUUAAUGGAAUACAAAGAGGCUGAUGAGGAAAUCAUUUUUAAAGACAUUGCACAAUGGUCUUACUUUGAUGAAAAUAAUCCAGAAAACAUAAGAAUGUUUAGUGACAAAGAAAAUGCCAUGCUUGAGAAAGCAUACUCACUGGGAAAAAGAUUCCUUAAUUUGAAGAAAAUAAAAUAUGAUAUUAAGAAAAUGUGUUUUCAACACGAAGGGAGGAAAUUUAAAAUGAAGAGAAAACAAAACCUAAGGUAUGAACCAAUCCCAGAUACAUGGUCACCAAUGGAAGACGAGGAAUUAAUUAAAAUCGUUCCAGUCACAAAAGGACCAGAAUAUGAUGACAUCCAGGCCACUUUCCGUCGGAAUUUGCCUUCCUAUCGUAUAAUCAAAAUUGAGAGAAUUCAAAAUAAAACAUUGUACCAGGGAUACCAAUCAUUGAAAAGAAAGUUUGAGGCAGAAAAUCCAAACAUUACAAAUGAAGUUGAUGGCCUUUGGCAUGGUACUGCUGAAGGAGCUGUUAAGGGAAUAAAUAAAUCAGGAUUCAACCGUAGCUAUUGUGGUAGAAAUGGUGGAUAUGGUAAAGGUGUCUAUUUUGCCAAAAACAUCCAAUAUUCUGCAGAUGAUAACUAUUCUCCUCCUGACCAUCACAAAAUAAAGAGAAUAUACCAAUGCAGUGUUCUUGUGGGAAGAAUGAUACAAGGACACCCAGGAUUAAAAGUUUUACAGGAUCCUUACAAUUCUGCUGUUAAUAAUAUUCAAAGACCCUUUAUUUAUGUUACUUUCGAUGACUCUCAAGCAUAUCCUAAUUAUUUGAUUACAUUCUCUAAUUGAAAUUAAGACUUUUGUAAUGCUUUGAGCUGAGAUUGGUAAUUCUAAAGCCAUUCACAUUUCUAUCCUUAAAAUUAUUAAAACUAACACUCUUCAAAUUUAUAACGCUAACAAUAUUUGAAUUUGUAACACAAAACUAUUCUGAUUCUUCUUUUUUUUAUUCUUUUACUUGUUUCAGUCAUUUGACUGUGGCCAUACUGGUGCACUGCCUUUAGUCGGGCAAAUCAAACCCAGGACUUAUUCUUUGUAAGCCUGGUACUUAUUCU